CUCAGAAACCAAGGCUUAUACUAUCUGGCACAUCUAUUCCCAGGGCUACGGAGUGCUGUAAAGAGAGAGAGAGAGGAGAGAGAGAGAGAGAGAGAGAGAGAGAGAGAGAGAGUAAAAGGGAGAGGGAGACAAAGAUGAAGUGGAACAGAUUUUUUUGCACUUAGUUGGCACAGAUCUUAAGUUUUACUGUGAACGAGAAGGAGUUUAGAGCCAGCAGUCGAAAGGAACAAAGUCAGCAUAGACGCUGUAAAGGAAAAAAGAGCUUCAGAAAAGGAGAUUCAGACAUAAGACCUCUUUGGAAUCCAGUUAAACUCUGCAGGUUUUUUAAUUUAGUUGGUUUGUCCGGAGUGUUAGUCAGACCAGAGAGGAGUUACUUGUUGUGCAUUAAUCAGGUGUGUCCAAAGUCUGAGAAUUGUUCUAAGUUGACAUCAUUUACAUCUCAACAAAGAAGAAGGCAAACAAGAAAAGGGGGACACAGCAUUUUAUGGUGCAAGCAUUCUUCGUAAAAACCUUAACAUUCCUUUAUAAUGGCAGACUGUGUGAUAGAAGACUCAGAUUACUACCCAGGAAAGGAUGACUUGGACUGGGGAUAUGAAGAGGGUGUGGAGUGGGGGUUGUUGUUUCCUGAGGCCAACGGUGAGAACCAGUCACCUAUAAACCUCAACUCUAGAGAAGCAUGCUAUGACCCCAGAUUGCUAGAGGUGGGCCUCACACCAAACUAUGUGGUGUGCCGAGACUGUGAAGUUAUCAAUGAUGGACAUACUGUGAGGAUAAUGCUGAAAUCCAAAUCAGUGGUGACCGGGGGGCCCCUUCCAAGUGACCAUGAAUAUGAGCUACAUGAGGUGCGUUUUCAUUGGGGCAAAGAGAAUCAACGUGGUUCAGAGCACACUGUCAACUUCAAGGCCUUUCCUAUGGAGCUGCAUCUUAUCCACUGGAAUUCAACACUCUUCAACAGUGUAGAAGAGGCUCUUGGGAAGAAAAAUGGUGUUCUCAUUAUUGCGCUAUUUGUGCAGAUAGGGAAAGAACAUAUUGGGCUGAAAGCCAUUACUGAGGUCCUUCAAGAUCUACAGUAUAAGGGGAAGACGAAGAUAAUACCAUGUUUUAAUCCAAACACAUUGCUCCCAGAUCCCCUGUUAAGAGACUACUGGGUAUAUGAGGGAUCCUUGACAACACCACCUUGCAGUGAGAAUGUCACCUGGAUCCUAUAUCGCUACCCACUCACAAUCUCCCAGAUUCAGAGGACAAGCAAGCAAGCAUCUGAUAUUGAAUUGGAGAUCCACUGCAAGAGCUUCCAGAGGACCUGCAUAGUGACCGGUGUCAUGACUGAACAGCUGGAUCGUACUACUUUGCUUAGAAACUAAGUUGCUGAAGCUUGGUGACAAUUAUAACAGUCUGUAGGUUAACACCCAUCACAAAUAAUAUGAACAGUUAACUUGAAAUAAGAAUAAAUAUAGGACAAGCAUUGAGUAUAAGAACAAUCACCAGAAAAAGAAAUGCAAAUAAUAUAGCGAAUUACAGUAGGCUACGUAAGCAACGUUUUACCAAAUCAGAAUGCCAUUACUAUGUCAAUACAAAACAUAAAGAAAGCUCAAAUGAUGUACUGUAGCUAACACAGAAAGGUCCAUAUUGGUUAUACUGUAGUUGGAUAAUUGUUUUUCUUUUUUUUCUAUGUUCAUGUAACAGCAAAAAUGCCUUUAUUACCAGCUACAAGGUGAAUGACACAUAUUUCAGUGUGUACUGUAUCUAUGUUGAUGCAAUAAACAUCUAGAUUAUAAUACCUCAGUGGUAUUCUGUGGAGCUAUCUAUUUUUCAAGGAUAAAACAUGCAUAGAUCAAGAGUAGCAUGGUUUGAUAGUUAUCACACAAACAAUAUGUAUUUGUUCAGGUAUUCAGUUUUUUUCUCUAAUGUAGAAUGUAAAGAAAUAUAACUUAACAAAGUGACUUUUUUGAUGGAGACUACUACUUAAAAUGUCUAAAAAACCCUACACUUCCCCCCUAAAACAUCUACCACAGUUGUAUGUGUAACAUUUUCAGUUUAUCAUUGCCAGGGCACAUAAAUAAAUAGGUUGAAUAAGACGAGUGUAGCUUAAUGUAGAGAUUUAGAUGUUAGUAUUGUGUUGUGUUGUGUUGUGUUAUAUUAUAUUAUUAUAAUUGCACUGCAAGUCAUAUUGUUAGCCUAUAUUCUUU